AUGGCAAUUGUCCAUACAUACAGGAAGCCUGACAUCUUCUUAACCAUGACUUGCAACCCUAAAUGGGAAGAGAUAACAAAUGAGUUGCUUCCUGGUCAGACGGCGCAUGAUCGUCCUGAUAUUGUGGCCCGCGUGUUCUACGGCAAGCUAGAGGCUAUGAAAGACCCGUUGCUCAAGAAAAUUGUCCUGGGUGUUGUUGUUGCUUAUGUGUACGUAGUCGAGUUCCAAAAGAGGGGCCUCCCACACGCACAUUUUUUGUUGAUCAUGGAUUCAACAUACAAGCUUCUCGUCCCGGAGCAGUAUGACCGACUCAUUUCCGCAGAGCUCCCAGACAAGCAAAAGUAUCCGGAAUUGUAUGCAAUGGUGGUUAAACAUAUGAUGCACGGACCAUGCGGUGCUCUCAAUCCGAAGAAUGUUUGCAUGCAAGACAAUGAAUGCAAGUGCAGAUACCCUCGGCCGUUCAAUGAGAACACGGUACAAGGCAAGGACUCAUACCCAGUUUAUCGGCGUAGAGACGAUGGAAGACGUGCUAAGGUCCGAGGGAAAAUGUUGGACAACCGAUGGGUUGUGCCGUAUAAUCCUUAUCUUUUGCGGAUGUUUAAUUGCCACAUCAAUGUUGAGGUCUGCUCUAGCAUAAAGGCCGUCAAAUACAUUUAUAAGGGUCAUGAUAAGGCUUCUUUCAGCAUCGACCAGCCAGACGCUGAUGGUAACAUUGAUGAGAUCAAGAGAUACGGUGACGCAAGAUGGGUCACCCCUCCGGAGGCUAUGUGGAGGAUAUUUGGCUUCCCACUGUGCGCCAAUUACCCGCUUGUCUUGCAGUUGGCUCUUCAUCUCCCGAAUAUGCAUAGGGAUGCAUUCAAUGCACAGGCUGACUUGAAAAAUGUUGUCUCCUCCGAAAAUGCUUCAAAAUCCAUGUUAACUGAGUAUUUCAAGGCUAACGAAAAACACCCUUGGGCAAGGCAUAUAUUGUACAAGGAUUUUCCCGGAAGCUUCACGUGGGAGAAGAGAAAGAAGUUCUGGAAGCGGCGGGUUGAACGUUUUCAAAUAGGUCGUAUCGUGUCUACGAAUCCUGCCGAGGGGGAGCGAUACUACCUGCGUGUGUUGUUGAACCAUGUUACGGGCAAAACAAGAUUUGAGGACUUGCUCACCAUGGACGGCGUGGUAUGUGGGAGCUUUAGGGAGGCUGCUGAAAGGUUGGGACUCAUCGAGGCUGACAACACGCUCGACGACUGUCUUACUGAGGCGGAGCAGUGGGCGAUGCCAUGUUCUCUUAGGAGGCUCUUCGCAACCCUCUUGGUGCACUGCGAGCCAGGCGAUGUGCGCAUUUUAUGGGAUAGGCACCUCGAGCCUAUGUCUGAUGACUACCGUCGAACACGCCCGUCCCCGAAUGAGGUGGAGCAGAUGGUGUUGCUUGACAUUAGGGCUAUGUUGCAGUCCAUGGGUAAAGACAUUAUCGAUUUCACUCUUCUAACCAUUGAUGAUGUGUUUGACCCAACUGAGGGCGAGGCCAGAGAGAUCAUCGAGGAAUCAACCGUUGAGUUUGAUGAAAGUGACACUAAAUUUUCAUCUUCCUUGAAUUUGGAACAAAGGGCCGCAUACGACGAGAUACUAUUGGCUGUUGAACGAGGUGAUGGGGGUGUAUUCUUUAUAGAUGGCCCUAGAGGUAUAGGGAAGACCUUCCUCUACAGGGCGAUACUCGCAAAGGUGAGGGGCGAGGGCAAGAUUGCUAUCGCUACCGCGACGUCGGGCGUCGCUGCUUCUAUCAUGCCUGGCGGUAGGACUGCCCACUCGAGGUUCAAAAUCCCACUAAGUUGCGAUGAUGGAGCCUUGUGCAGCUUCACCAAGCAGAGUGGGACCGCCAAGCUGCUAAGGAUGGCCUCAUUGAUACUAUGGGACGAGGCCAGCAUGACUAAGCGACAAGCUGUUGAGGCAUUGGAGAAUAGCAUGCGUGACAUCAUGGGAAUACGCGACCGACCCUUUGGAGGAAAGACUGUUGUUUUUGGCGGGGACUUUAGGCAGGUGCUUCCGGUCGUCAGAAGGGGGUCACGGGGCGAGAUAAUUGAUGCAAGCCUCCGAAAUUCUCAUCUAUGGAAGGGUAUGCUGCAGCUUCGGCUCAUCACCAACAUGAGGGCUCAUAAUGACACGUGGUUUGCAGAUUACUUGCUCAGGGUCGGUAAUGGCACAGAGGAAGCCGACGAUCAAGGCAACAUACUACUGCCUGAUGACAUUUGUCUGCCAUCUACAUGCGAGGUUGACGACCUGGAGAAGCUGAUUGACCACGUGUUUCUGAGUCUAGAUGACAACAUGUCUGAUUCGAAUUACAUGACAUCUCGCGCCAUCCUUUCCACGACAAAUGACAACGUCGAUAAGAUAAACAUCCGCAUGAUAGAGUGUUUCCACGGAGAUGAAGUAAUCUACCAUAGCUUUGACAGUGCGGAGGACGACCCAUAUGGCUACUAA